AUGCUUAUGUUGUGUUCAGUGUUUGACGGUUUCUAUCAGACUGUUUUUAUGUGUGCAGGUCGGACAAUCGUGCCAAAACCGAGACAUGUUUCAAAACUGUUCAUUCCAAUAAUUCUGGUUAGUCUUAUUAUCAUCCACACGCUAUUAAUUAACCAUUCGACGAGAAACGCUCGAAGACUUUAUAAAAAGUUAUUACACAAUUAUGAGGAGUCGAACAUUCAAGCAGACACAUCCAAGAAACUUCACAUUGUAACACAAUUUCCAGUAAUGUCAAAUGGUUCUCAAGUGACGUUGAUACGUCAAAGACAGCAUGAAUACAUCAAGGCAUUGGAAUUAAAUCACCAACAUCCACAGGUUGAAAAAAUACAUCUUCUUUUGGAGCGUCAUGAGGACAUCAAAUUCUUAGAAAACUCAACAGCACAACGUGAGAAGAUAAAGUACCACUCUUUGAAUAGAAGGAUGUUUUAUGGUGAUGCGUUUCGUUACGUCUCGGAAUUUCUUCUCAACAAAACCGCCAUUAUUAUGAAUGCAGACUGUUACCUUGGAGAAGGUUUCCAAAAACUCAAUGUUGAUAUUCUCAGAAAAGGUACAGUAUAUGCUCUUACUAGGCACGAAACACCUGAUGCUAUCAAAAAGUGCGGAGUGAAGGACUUUUGUUCACCACAAGCGAAAUAUAUCGGUUCCCACGAUGCUUUUGUCAUACAUCUUGUUACUCCGUUGCCUAGCAACUUCUUAGAUACAAUGAUGGUUCGUCAGGAUAUUGUUGGAGUGGAGAAAUUCAUCAUUUUUAUCUUAAGAGUACAUGGAAAAUUUACCGUAAGAAAUCCGUGUACAGUUCUGUUUAUUUUUCAUAACCAUUGCACGAAGCUCAUAAAUAGAAAACAAAGAUUGAUUCAUGGAAAGAGAAUAAACAAUAUAUAUCUAGCGAAUGAACCUCUGUGGAGAACGAAUGCGCCCUUUUCGGGACUGUGACUUGAAGAAGAAUUUAGGCAAAGAUACUAUCUGAGCUUCUACUCUUGCUGCCAGGUCUGACAUAGUUCGUUUCAGUCGCUGAGGAUCAGUGAAGAAAAGCACAAAUAGUUCCCGCUCCAUUAAAUUCAACGAAUCAGCACUGAGUACCUGCACGGAUGAAAGUCGGGACAUCAUUAUU